AUGUCGACCACUUCAUCUGCGGGGGCUGCGGUCAAUGCGACAGCAGCAAUCGAUGCAGAGCUCCAGCCAGCGAUCGCGAAGAUGAUGCCCUCAAACAAGAGUGCUGUUCUCCAUCGCAGCUUGAAAGCCGCGCCGCCACAAGUAGUCUCAGCGAACGGAAAGUAUCUAACCUUCUCCAAUGGCCAGACCAUUUUGGACACGACCUGCGGGGCUGCGGUGGCUUGCAUUGGAUCCAACAAUGAGCGCGUUAAGAAGGCGAUGAUUGCGCAGUUGGACAAGUUCGCGUACUGCAACUCGAUGUUCUUUGGGCACCCGAUUGGGGAAGAAUUGGCAGAUGAACUGAUUCGAGGAACCGAUGGUCUCAUGUCAAAGGCAUAUAUUAUGUGCUCCGGCUCGGAGGCAAUGGAUGCGGCGAUGAAGAUGGCGCGUCAAUACUUCGUUGAAAUUGGCCAACCGCAAAGAGUCAAGUUUAUCGCUCGAGAAAACUCAUACCAUGGCACAACCCUCGGCUCACUGUCUAUGGGCGGCCAUGUUGCACGUAGAAGUCUCUUCACAGACAUGCUUCUACCUAAUAUCGGCCGAGUAUCGCCAUGCAAUGCGUAUCGCGGCAUGACUGAGGGCCAGACAGUCGAGCAAUACGUCGAGCAGCUAGCUGAUGAGUUGGACCGCAAGUUUCAGGAGAUGGGUCCCGAGACUGUUUGCGCUUUCGUCGCUGAACCAGUCGUCGGUGCAGUAAGCUUCCACCGCAUACUUUUCGUUAAGGUCUGCAAGACUAACUAA